AUGAAAGAGAUUGGAAUAGCUAAUCUACCAAAUCUAAAGCACAAAAUACAUACUGAAAAGGGAAUCAGAUUCAACAUGGCCGUCGCAGGUUCACAUGGAUUGGGAAAGACAACAUUCAUCAACAACUUUCUUGGACAGAUCGUAUUCAAAGAGCAUUUCAAUACUAAAAUAAUUCAGGAAUCUUGCAGAAUUGAAACAACUAACCUGGAUUUGGAAGAAGAGAACCUGAAAAUUAGAAUGGAUUUGAUCAAGAUCAAUGGUAUUGGUGAUUGUGUUAAUAAUUCUAACGUAACUCAGCCUAUUAGAGAGUUUCUACUACAGAAAUAUGAUGAGUAUUCAGCACAGUUUGACAACAAGGUGAAAUCAGAAAUAGAAGACCCUCGAAUUCACCUAUGCAUUUACUUCCUAGAACCAGUCAAUUAUUUGAAACAGAGUGAUGUGGAUGCAAUGACUGCAAUAUCAGAGUAUUGUACAAUCAUACCAGUUGUUGCUAAAUCAGAUUUACUUGUGCCUGAAGAAAUCAAUGAAAUUCGUCGACUCAUUUCAACAACAUUCAGCAACCACGAAUCAUAUUUCAUAAGUUGUACAACAGAUUGCAGUGAAAUCAAGGAAUAUAACUGGGGAGUAGUUAAAAGAGACAAUUUUGAUUUCCACAAAUUGAGACAGGAUGUGUUAGAGAAAGAGACACUAGGCUACUAUGAAGAAACAGAAUUCCUCUACGAUACAUACAGAAUAAACAUUCUGGCUGGAAAAGUGGUGAAUGGACAAAGUCUGCUUACUAAAUUGAAUGGAAAGCAACAUGAAUUGGAUGAGAUCAAGGAAAGAAUAAGGCAUAAAAAGAAGAUUUUAGGUGAAUAA